AUGUACGUGGUCAUCGGCCUCUGUCUACUGCUGGCGGCUGUAGUCGGCGUUAUCUUGCUCACCACGUCUGGGUCGUCAUCCACCGACACAGCCGAUGAAGGUGGCGACUCUGGUCAUGACGAUUCUGGGCCCUCUUCUUAUUCGUCGAGCUCUCCAUCCUCGCCACCACGGACUGCCAAGCCGACUACUGUGGCGACCACUAAGCCCGCGCUGAUGCCUGAGCCUACUACAACUCCCAAACCUACGACGACCCCCAAACCUACGACGACCCCCAAGCCUACGACGACCCCCAAGCCUACGACGACCCCCAAGCCUACGACGACCCCCAAGCCUACGACGACCCCCAAGCCUACGACGACCCCCAAGCCUGCGACGACCCCCAAGCCUACGACGACUCCCAAGCCUACGACGACACCCAAGCCUACGACGACACCCAAGCCUACGACGACCACGCUGGGGCCAAUAGUGAAGAAAAUCCUCUGCACCGUGGGAAGGGGCGCCGUCCUGUCGGUCAUGUACCCAGGGGAGGCUCCCUGCGAAUACCUCUUCUACUGUGACGUGAUCAUCGUGAAUGACAAGAUACACGGAGCUGAAGUACAGACCAGCUGGAUCACCUUCCAGCAGAGGGCCGUUAACUACACGCGGAUUCUGCCCGGCAUUUCCUUCGACUACCGGUACGUCACUGAAUCGAAAUUGAAGUCGGCCAAUGAUCAUCUCAACGAGUUGCAGAGCAGCGGUAACAUUAAGAGCUACGGCAUUCUGAACCACCUCACGGAAGCCGAUGAAACGAACAAGGUGCAUUCACAAAAAGCCGCUUUAAAGGAACUCUCGAAAAGGACUGCACAGGACCCAGACCGCAUUACCGUCCUUGCAUUUGGAUCCAUCGACUACAGCGGAGCGAAUUACAUGAAUGGCUUCAAGAAAGAGUUCGAGAAAGUUGUCAAGUGGGUCAAUGGAUUUCUUCCACGCAAUGCGGAACUAGACUUUUUUUUAAACAUAUAA